AUGGCGGAGGAGACCGAGAAGGCGGAGAACAAGGACAAGAGGGCUGUGAUCUCGGAAGAGAUCGCUGUGGAGAUCUUUGCAAAGAGAAAGAUGAACACGAAAUUUAAGACCGCAGACAGCUGCUUGGUGGCAAACGAGUAUGGUGUUAGCUCAAAGUCCGUCCGAGAUGUCUGGGAUCGUCGAACUUGGGUAAAGGCUACUAUGCCGUUGUGGACACCGGCGGAGGUGGAGCAGUACGAGAAGAGUAACAAGCGUCCUCCUGGACGACCGUUGGGAGUGACCGACUCCAAGCCAAGGAAACGACGAUGUCACUCACACAAAUCUGAUCAGACUCUCCGGAAAAAGGUUGCUGAGUCAAGACGUCAACAACCCAACGAUGCGUCGUCGUCGUCGUCGUCGUCAUCAUCGACCUGUUACUUCAACUCAUCGUCAUGUUCGUCGUCAUCAUCUGAAGCUGGGUCGUCGACAGUAGACAACCAACAUGCAGCACUUGGUCUGCCCAUCGAAGAAGCCAAGUCUAGGAUUUUAGCUGCUCAGCCAUUCGUCCAUCAACGUCCAGAUGCCCAGAUUGUUGGCUUGGAGGCUCUGCGGAAUCUUCAGCCACCGACAGGAAUUGAGAUGCUCUUGGCUGGCAAUCAAGCAUGGAAUCCCCCGCUGCUCCAAAGCCAACCUUUUCUCUUGUUGCAGCCUGCAACGAGCAGGCCAAUACUUCCCCUGCAAACACACACUAUACUGCCAUCUAGCACACUGAACACGGGAAUUCCUUUCGAUCAGCCUGCGCUAUGGCCAGGGAUUGUCAACAUUGGCAUUGCUCAAAGAAUAUCAGCCACCAACACUCUCCUUAUGCUCAACCAGGCAUGCAUCUCUUCGACUCAGAACAAGCCGGAAAGUCAACUGAAGGAUGGAGGAAGGUGA